CCCGCACCGGAGACCCCGCAGCAAUGGCGGCGGCGGUGGCCAUGGCGCCCGGCGGCGGCAGCAGCGGCGGAGACUUCUCGGACCUGCGGGAGAUCAAGAAGCAGCUGCUGAGCGUGGCCGAGCGGAGCCGCGAGCGGGGCCUGCAGCACAGCGGGAAAUGGGCCGCCGAGCUGGCGUUCGCGCUGGAGCCGCUGCCGCUGAGCGAGCUGCCGCCGCCGCCCGCGCUCACCGAGGAGGAUGCUCGUGACCUGGAUGCCUACACACUGGCCAAGUCUUACUUUGAUCUGAAGGAAUAUGACAGGGCUGCCUACUUUUUACGGGGCUGCAAGAGCCAGAAAGCUUACUUCUUGUACAUGUACUCCAGAUACCUGUCAGGGGAAAAGAAGAAGGAUGAUGAGACAGUGGAUAGUUUGGGACCUCUGGAAAAAGGACAGGUGAAAAAUGAAGCUCUGCGAGAACUGAGAGUUGAGCUCAGCAAGAAGCACAAGGCACGGGAACUGGAUGGAUUUGGCCUUUAUCUGUAUGGUGUCGUGCUGCGGAAGCUGGACCUGGUGAAAGAAGCAAUAGAUGUAUUUGUUGAAGCUGCUCAUGUCUUGCCUUUGCACUGGGGAGCCUGGCUGGAACUUUGCAACUUGAUUACAGAUAAAGAGAUGUUGAAGUUCCUGUCCUUGCCAGAUACAUGGAUGAAAGAGUUCUUUCUUGCACACAUUUAUACAGAGCUGCAGCUGAUAGAGGAGGCCCUGCAGAAGUAUCAGAGCCUCAUUGAUGCAGGAUUUUCCAAGAGCACUUACAUCAUCUCUCAGAUUGCAGUUGCCUACCACAAUAUUCGAGAUAUUGACAAAGCCUUGUCCAUCUUUAAUGAGCUAAGGAAACAAGAUCCUUACAGGAUAGAAAACAUGGACACUUUCUCCAACUUGCUCUACGUAAGGAGCAUGAAGCCUGAGCUGAGCUACCUGGCUCAUAAUCUCUGUGAGAUAGACAAGUACCGUGUUGAGACCUGCUGCGUCAUUGGUAAUUAUUAUAGCUUACGUUCCCAGCAUGAAAAAGCAGCACUCUAUUUCCAGAGGGCCUUGAAACUGAAUCCUCGUUAUCUGGGAGCCUGGACACUUAUGGGACACGAGUAUAUGGAAAUGAAGAAUACAUCUGCAGCCAUCCAGGCUUACAGACAUGCAAUAGAGGUGAACAAAAGGGACUACAGAGCGUGGUAUGGCUUGGGGCAAACCUAUGAAAUCCUCAAGAUGCCAUUUUAUUGUCUCUACUACUACAGACGGGCCCACCAGCUCAGACCAAAUGAUUCUCGUAUGCUGGUUGCUCUAGGAGAAUGCUAUGAGAAACUCAAUCAGUUGGUGGAAGCUAAAAAGUGCUAUUGGAGGGCUUAUGCUGUGGGAGAUGUGGAGAAGAUGGCACUUGUGAAACUUUCCAAGCUGCACGAACAGCUGAAUGAAUCUGAACAGGCAGCUCAGUGCUACAUCAAAUACAUCCAGGAUAUCUAUUCCUGUGGGGAGAUAGUGGAGCACCUGGAGGUCAGCACUGCAUUCCGUUACCUGGCCCAGUACUACUUCAAGUGUAAGCUCUGGGAUGAAGCCUCAGCAUGUGCUCAGAAAUGCUGUGCCUUCAAUGAUACUAGAGAAGAGGGAAAGGCCCUGCUGCGGCAGAUCUUACAGCUUCGCAACCAAGGAGAAACAUCAUCCACAGAUGUUCCCGCUCCCUUAUUCCUCCCUGCGUCACUGUCAGCCAACAACACUCCCACACGUCGUGUCUCCCCGCUCAAUCUGUCCUCUGUGACACCAUGAACAUGAACAGUGCUGAUACCUCUGGCCUGUGCACUGGAUGUGACAUUGCGGAUGGGACGCGUAACCACUUCUUUCUAGGGAAACUCCACCUUUGGUUGCUGCCCUCCCAUGAAGGGCAGCAGUUAGCUGAGCCCACAGCUGCAGACAGAUGUGCCCCAACGGGCAAAGGGGCAGCCAAUGUGAAAGUGCCUGUGCCGAGAAUGUGAGAAUCUGCUCCGCUUCUCGCCACGUCAUUCCAGUUAGAGGGGCAGAUGUGUGCCAGUACACAGGGCUGCUAACUGAGGCGUGGGAAAGAGGUUGUCUGCUGAAGUUCAAGUACAUUUGAAGAUUGAUUCUGCCCUGUGACCUCUGGUCUUAACUGCAUUUCUUUGGGUGACCUCUUAGUGACAUCACUGAUGUCCUCAUCAGAGACUGUUACCUGCUUGGCUACUUAAUGGCUUUGGCUUGUCUUGAACAACAUGGGAGAUGUUUCACUAAAGCAAUAGAAUAGGCACUUGUAUAGGUGCCAUGUCUGUGUUGAAGGAUUGACAAGUAUCAGAGGAGUCCCAAGUAGCCGCAGGUGACAGCUGUCUGGUGUUCUGUCAGUGGAUCUGACAGAUAAUGUUUUGGCUUUCAGUAGAAAAGCAGCGAGCGUGAUGGUACAAUUAAAAAACUAACGAU